UUUCCGCAACAUGUCUUCCUUGGUGGCAGAUUAUAGUUCAGACAGCGAUUCCAUUGAAACUGGAGGCCAAACGGCUGAUAAGACAAAUGUACAGUCAGUGUCAGAAGUUCCAGUCCAGUCAUCUGGGCAAAAUUACCUGAUCUCACAAGAUGAGGAUGAUUCAAGUGACUCUGAUGUUGAUAAAAAGGAGAAGAGCUAUAACACACCAAAGGAGAAGCUUCCAAAUCCAUUACUAGAGGAAAAACUUCCAACUCCUCAGCUGGGAGGCAGUGUAGAGGAAUCCAGGGAGGGAUCAGUGUUUAAUAAUAAAUAUGACACUGCAGCAAAAGCUAAACAGUCUGUUCUUGAAAAGCAUGUGAAAAUGACUGAAGCUCAGAUUUUGACUGGCAAAAAGGCUAAAAUAUGUAAAAAAUUCAAACAGGGAAGGUGUUUCUAUGGGAAAAACUGUCAGUUUUCCCAUGAUCUUGAUGCAAACUUGUCAUUAAGGUACAAACAGGAUGAAACAAUACCACCAGAAGAUGUUCCUGGACGAGCAAACCAACAUGGGCGUCUGAAACAUCACAAGAAUCCACACGCCCCUCGAUUACCCCCACCCCCUGUGCAGAAGCCAGGCUUUAUGGGUACCAUGAAUACACUAAACACAACUCCCACCCCUAUUCAUUCCCGGCACCAGAUGACACAGUUCCGGCAGCAGGAGAGAAGUAUGCAAUCAGCAGACAGGGAGGGAGAGGAUGAUGAUAAGUUUAAUGUUGGUGACAAAAGAAAAAAGAGGGUUGGUGUGUCCCAGACUUUGGUUCCACCCAAACGUGCAAUGUCAGCUCUAGCAAAACAAAGACAGGAAGAAAGACCAUGGACAAUGAAAAAGUGAUGUUUUGACAUUUUCAUAACUCUUUGUGUCAUAAUCACCUUCUUUUAAACGACCUUAUUUAAAAGUUUAGAAUCGUUUCAUAAGAAUAAUGGGCAACGUAUUAAAUUCACUGAAAGACAAUAAUUUUGAUAUAUACUUAAAACCCAGAGCCUCUACAGAAUGUUAUAUGCGCCCUCAAUGACAGAUAAUUUGAUAGGAGGUCAGGGCUUUUUCUAUGGUUCCCACUGGUCUGACUAUCGGACCCAUUCCCAUAGCAAUUUGUAUGAUAUUUUUCCCAAUCUUCAGAAAAAAAUAUUUUUACUUUUUUUUAUAAUUCUUUUUACCUGUACUGGUUCAUUCAACAUCCUAAUACAGUAAAUUAUGUGAUGUGAAGUUUUGGGGAUAAUCAAAUUCAGAAAUCAUUGAUUUUCAUCACAUUCAGAUGCAGUAUGAAAUAAUAUCUGUCAUGAUUUAUUGCAAUAGAUAUUUACACCCCAA